AUGUCUGGCAGAGGAAAGGGAGGCAAAGGUUUGGGAAAAGGAGGCGCCAAACGUCACCGAAAGGUUCUUCGCGAUAACAUCCAGGGUAUCACCAAACCCGCCAUCAGACGUCUGGCCCGCAGAGGAGGCGUCAAACGUAUCUCUGGUCUGAUCUAUGAGGAGACCAGAGGUGUGCUGAAGGUAUUCCUCGAGAACGUGAUCCGAGACGCCUCAAAUCCAUUGAAAGCAAUGUCUGGACGAGGAAAAGGAGGCAAAGGUCUGGGAAAAGGAGGCGCCAAACGUCACCGAAAGGUUCUUCGCGAUAACAUCCAGGGUAUCACCAAACCCGCCAUCAGACGUCUGGCCCGCAGAGGAGGCGUCAAACGUAUCUCCGGUCUGAUCUAUGAGGAGACCAGAGGUGUGCUGAAGGUAUUCCUCGAGAACGUGAUCCGAGACGCCGUCACUUACACCGAGCACGCCAAGAGGAAGACUGUCACCGCCAUGGAUGUGGUCUACGCUCUCAAACGCCAGGGACGCACUCUGUACGGCUUCGGCGGUUAAACACCUGUCCAUCACUUCACAUCAUCUCAUCCAUCAAACGGCCCUUUUUAGGGCCAAUACAUCCAUGUCUUAGAGGAAGAGUACUGUAAUUGCCGUCAAUUUGUUGCCAUAUCU